ACGCCGCUACAGCCACCAAUUCUCAUAUGCAGAUUUAUAAUGAAUCUGCGCCACUCGUCGGACCAUCCGGGCUACACCGAGGACUCACAGGUUGACCUCGAUUCGCCCGGAGAGAUCCAGACGAAGACAGUUGUGUUCCGACAUUUCAACCAGGGGCUGGACGAGUUUGGACGCUCGCUGGACGUGGGUGGGAGCCGUACACGGAGCGGCUUGGCUGUCAGUGGGCGGAACAGAGGUGGAUCGGACAAGGGUGGUAUUGCUCUCACGGUGUAUGUAUCCCCCAGUCGGAAGCUCCUCGUCGGCGACGCUAACUGUUCUCUAGGUUAUAACGAACUACCGAUAGUGCGUCUUCGUUAUAUUCAUAGCUGAAUCAAGCAGACAUGUAUAUGUUGUAAAAUAGUAACUUAGUCACGGUCAAUCCAGCGUUUCGACUCCUUCGUACCCGUUCGCGAGUUUCAGCUUC